UGAAUAAGCCCAGAAUCCUAACCAUGGACAUCCGAAUAAUUAAACCAGAGGAACUGAAGAAUGUAGAAACAGAGCCAUUCAUGACUACAACAACCUCAAAGGUCUACAAAGGAGAAUUUGGUGGCUUCAUGGUGGCUAUCAAGAAAUACAGUGGAGCUACCAAUACAAAACCAAGGGAGAUAAAGUCCAUCUUCGAUAAGGAGGUUGACAACAUGAAACGGUUCGAAUCACCCAACAUUCUCCGUAUGUUUGGCAUCUGCAUCCAAGGGGAGAACACUUCAAAUCCGGAGUUCCUCGUCAUCAUGGAGUACUGCAAAAAUGGAAGCCUGCGAGAUUUUCUGAAUUCCAAACAUGAGCUGUUAUGGACCAGAAAGGCUUCCAUGUGUCUGGAUGCAGCACAGGGACUUUACCGACUCCAUCUGUCUGAGGAAGUAAGCAAGCUUCAUAUGGGCAUCACCAGCAGCAAGUUCCUCGUGGACGAGAACUACAGAGUGAAGCUGGGAGGCUUAGAACUGGCCAAAACAGAGACCUCACUGAAAAGGACGGCUAAGGACAAAGAGAAAGAUAAAGACAUCAGCUCAGUGUGCUACUCUUCCCCUCAGCAGCUGGGCAACAUCAACCACACCUACAGCAAGGAGUGUGAGAUCUACAGCUUGGGAAUCGUUCUGUGGGAAAUAGCGACGCGCAAGAAGCCUUUUGAAGACUGUGGUGGUGAUGAUAAUAUCAUUUAUAAAAAGGUGUUUGAGAACAAAUAUCAGGAGCCUCUCCCUGCUGAUUGCCCUGAAUCGCUGGGAGAGCUGAUUACUGCCUGCAGGGCUUAUGAAAGCUCCGAGAGGCCGUCUGCUGGAGUGUUGGUGGAUAAACUGCGAAGUGUGUUGGUACAGUUGGAGAAACGCUGAUCGCCUUCAUCUUUCCCACCGCCGUCACAAUGUCUUCAGCUAUCAUAUUCAUGUUUUUGUUAUGAUCCUACACUACUUUGAUUGUUUUCUUGUUUGUUUGUUUUUUUUUGUUAAUUUUUUGGAGGCAUAGGAUUCUUUAACAUUAAGAGAGGAAAACUUAAGCAAUUAUCAUUUCCAAUUUUUCCAUUGCAUUGUCAAGGUCAAUUCCAGUUUACAAAACUCCAACCAGGGAGGAUUUCCCAUCAGGCAAUACUAGGCAGUUCCAAGUUCCUGGGGGCCCCAUAAAACUCUGUUUCCAUGUAUGGUUAAUACAACUAUUCCUUAUUUGUGCACAUUUAUUAUGUUUUUGAUUAAAGUC